ACACAGAGACCAUCGGCACAGAAGAAUGGCUUUGCCACAGGUCAACCCAAGACCUGGGGACCUGAUUGAGAUUUUCCGCUUUGGCUACGCUCACUGGGCCCUCUAUGUGGGAAACGGCUACGUGGUCCAUCUGGCUCCUCCAAGUGAAAUCGCAGGAGCUGGUGCGGCCAGCAUCAUGUCCGCCCUCGCCGACAAGGCCAUAGUGAAGAAGGAGCUGCUCUGUUCUGUGGCCGGGAAGGACAAGUACCAAGUCAAUAACAAACACGACAAGAAGUAUGCGCCGCUGCCGCCCAGCAAAAUCGUCCGGCGGGCGGAGGAGCUGGUGGGGCAGGAGAUGGUCUAUAAGCUGACGAGCGACAACUGUGAGCACUUUGUGAACGAGCUGCGCUAUGGAGUCUCCCGCAGUGACCAGGUCACAGAUGCGGUGGUGGCAGUAGGCAUUUCAGCAGGCAUCAUAGGGGUGGGCCUGGUCAUCGCAGGCCUCAUUGGAUCGCUGCUGGACAGAGGCAAGCAGGAAAAGCAGUAA